UGCUCUAAUAGUGUUUGCGAAUACUUCAUUUACUAAAUUAUUUAAAAACAAAACUUUAAAAAUCGCUUGUCGCUUUUAUAAAUAUAAAGAAUUCGUUCUACUUUCAGUUCCUACAAGUAGGUUCUGAAUGUGUGUCAAUUAGAGACGGCUGUGUCGCGUUUAACUGUGAAUGUGAAUUAAAUAUUUAUUUUCUAUGUGUUGUAUUUUCGAUGCUCUUGUAUUGAAAGACUCCGUAUACUUUUUGUUUGAUUAUUUUUAAUGAAUGUGUUUUAUACUUCCAAAUCUUCGUGACGUAACACAACAAGAUUCGUACGAUAACAGCAAGUACUUGCGAAUUCGCACGUACUCAUUUAUCGAUUGAUAAAUUAUUACAUUGUUACCGGUUUUGAUAAGUUUUGAUUAAUUAUGUGUACUUGAUAGUACACGUACACGUUGGUUGUCAAGGAAUAAUUACUUAUAUUAGUUGAAGAUGGGCGGUGGUUUUAAAAAUAAUCCCAAAGGAUGGAUGCUGCUCCUGUCUUUUCUCUGCCCUUACACGUGGACCUCCUGUAAGGCGUGGAAGGUGGAAUGGGACACCAACACGAAUUCAACAGGUCCUUUUCGCAUGGAUAUGGAUGAUGUCCACACAAUAGGCGUUGUCUUCAAACAGCUGUCUUUAGCCGAUUUAAAAUCAGUGCAGUUCACUUCCGAAACCACACAUGUCGCGAGUGUCCCUAAUUCAGAAUUUCAACCCAAACAGUGUAAUGAAAGUCUGUGUACCCAAGUGAAUGUUACUGCCGUGUUUUUGGGCAAGACUAAAAUUUCGUGUAAGGUGUUUUUCAAGAAUGGAACUAGUGAAGAAUCAACAAAUGAAUUGACUGUGACAGUAAUUCGCCGCAUGCGAUUGUUGGAUCAUUUGUUUACCGGCGGGGUUGCUACCCUAGUGGCUGUGCUGUAUAUCAAUUUCGGGGCAGCAAUCGACUGGAGGGCCGCGGCGAAUAUUAUAAGAAAACCAAUCGGUCCCGCUGUUUGUUUUGUAUCACAGUUCUUGUUUAUGCCGCUCAUAAGUUAUGCCCUUGGACGGGUGCUGUUUCCUAAUAACCAUGAAAUGGCAUUGGGCUUGUUCUUCACGGGAGUCAGUCCAGCAGGUGGCGCUUCCAAUAUAUGGACUUUUAUCUUAGGCGGAAAUUUAGAUUUGUCGGUAACAAUGACUACCAUAAGCACAUCUGCAUUUGGAAUGAUGCCUUUAUGGAUAUUCACUUUAGGAAAGCACAUAUUUGAUUCUGGAGAUCUUGCGGUACCUUAUGAUAAAAUAGGCAUGUACGCAAUUGCCUUAGUACCACUGGCCAUUGGAUUUUGCAUUCAGAAAUACUUGCCGAGGUUGACAAGAAUUUUAGUGAGGAUUCUGAAACCGGCAUCGACAAUACUCAUUUUAUUUAUAGUGAUAUUCGCCACUGUAGCUAACCUUUACAUGUUUGAACUGUUUUCAUGGCAAAUCGUAGUAGCCGGGCUGGGUCUGCCUUGGCUCGGAUACUUGGCUGGUUUUAUAGGUGGAAAAGCGUUCAGACAACCCCCGGGUGAUAUACUAGCCAUCGCGAUAGAAACUGGAAUACAGAAUACGGGAAUAUCAAUAUUUUUGUUACGUUUCACGUUGCCACAGCCCGAGGGUGAUCUCACAACAGUGGUACCAGUUGCCGUCGCGAUUAUGACGCCGAUACCCUUGAUGCUGAUCUAUUUUUGCAAACUAUGCAGGCAAAAGUUUUGUAUCAGCCCUGACCAAGUACCUCUCAAAAAGGAUAAUUCGUCGACUAUGAUCGCAGCUCCUUAAUAAUUUCUCAAAUGGCAUCACUUUUAUAAA